ACAUACAACACCACACCCUCGCUUCAGAAACAAUUUCGCGAUCGGCCAUCCGUCCCCCAGAGCUGACGAUAUUCACUGUCCUUAGGACUGUCUCACGCUCUCUUCGUCACAAUGCAUCGUGGACAGUACAACCCACCACCGGCACACUCACCACCUCUACAUCACCCGGUUCCACAGCACGUCUCGACCGUUCCUCAAUUACGUUCUCCGCCGCCACCUACACCUCAAUCACAGCAGGGAGGCUAUACACCGCAGCAAGGCCAGCAGCAGCAUCAAGGUGUUCCCUUUGGUUACCCAAAUGCAUUUACCGACUUCGCCAGUGACCCUACCGCACAGCUAGGCAUUCAAGCUACCAAACAUGCUCUCGCGGCAGGUCAAGGAUGGGCAGGCGCAGCAGUCAAUCGCUAUAUCGACAUCCCCGCCCUCAAACAUCUAUUCAACGUCUCCAACUCCUACGUCCUCACAAAAACCUACGUAAUCCUCUUCCCAUGGCGCCACCGCCCAUGGUCGCGCCAACAGCGCAUGUCACAUUCGCACGCCGACCCCUCCUCCGGCGGUGAAUACCUCCCUCCGCGCGAAGACAUCAACUCGCCCGACCUCUACAUCCCAACCAUGACCUUCGUAACCUAUAUCCUGCUCAACGCCGUGCUUGCCGGCGUCAAGGGCACAUAUCACCCGCGCCUGCUCAGCAUGAACUUCGGCACCACGGCCUCGGUCCUGCUCAUCGAAUUCCUCUUCCUCAAGGGCGCAUGCUACUUCCUCAGCAUCCGCGGUCCGACAUCGCCCUCGGGCGCGAACAGCCAGUGGCUCGAGCUGAUUGCGUACUCCGGGUACAAGUUCAUUGGGAUCAUCUUCACGCUCCUGAUCACGAGCAUCCUGGGCGGCAGCACGAAUGCGCACUGGGGCUGGCUCAGCUGGAGCAUCUUCCUGUACUGCUUCCUCGCGAACGGCCUCUUCUACGUCCGCAGUCUGCGCUGGAUGCUGCUCCCGGACUCGGCGGCUGGUGGUAUGGAGUGGGGCGCGCCGCAGCCGGGCGUGGGUGUACAUGCCGCGAGAGCGCAGAAGGGACGCAGGACGAAGUUCCUCUUCGCCCACAGCUAUGUCGCGCAGCUUUUCUUCAUGUGGAUCUUGACGCGCUAGAGCGAUUCUCACAAUAACCGGCCGCUACGUGCUCAGAGAAAGAAGUACGGCGAAAGAAGAGCACAGAGUGUGGAGAACGGGGUUUGGAAAAACAGG